UACAAGUAUAAUAUUUGUAAAGUCGAAGGUCAUUUAGCUCAAAUGUGUAAGAGUAAAGACAAAAAAGAUAAUCAUAAGAAUGCGAUUAAAAAUAAUGAGAAUAAGUAUAAGAAUUAUGAUAAGAAUAAGUCGUUUAAGCGAGAGAAUCAAAAUUUUAUUGAGGAUUUAGACAUAGCUGAUGAUAUGGAGAAACUAUUUCAUAUAAAUGACUCAAAGGUUGUUGUCAGUGAUAGUAAUAAAAAUAAUUUAAUUUUUGUCAAUUUAACAGUAGAAAAUAAAGCGACUAAAUUAGAAUUAGAUACGGGUUCUCCAGUGUCAGCUAUCUCUAAAGGAACUUAUGAUAAAUGUUUCAAAAAUAAAAACAUGUUAACUAGUAAUCGCAAGUUUAAAUCUUAUCAAGGUGAUGUUAUGAAACCAUUAGGCUUUAUUAUGGUAAAUGUUGAGCAUAAAAAUAGAAUGCAUGAAUUAAAGUUGUAUGUAUUUCAGGGUAAUAACAAUCCAAUUGUUGGACGAGACUGGAUACAAGAGUUGGAACUUCUGGGACCAAUCGGCUCAAACUCAACACUAGGGCUUAAAUUUGUGGGGGAGGAGAUUAAUAGUGAGAAAAUUAUGGAAGAAUUUGAAGUAGUAUUUACAGAUGAACUGGGUAAAUAUAAUAAGCGAAAAAUUAAAUUAGAGUUGAAAGACGGCGCAAAACCGACUUGUUGCAAACCUAGACCAUUGCCUUACGCGCUCAAAGAUAAAGUUGAAAAUGAAAUUAAAAGGUUAGUUAAUAAAGGUAUUUUAAUGCCAGUAAGCGACAGCGAAUGGGCAACUCCAAUAGUUCCGAUUGUCAAGAAAAAUGGUCAAAUUCGUAUUUGCGGUGAUUUUAAGGUUACGCUGAACCCGUGGUUAAAGAAAAAUAAACACCCGAUACCUAGAAUUCAAGAUUUACUGUCAGCAGUUAGGAAAAUAGAACGCGUGUCAAAAUUAGAUUUAUCGGAUGCUUAUCAGCAAUUUGAAUUAGAUGAUAAAUCGAAAGAAUUAGUAGUAAUAGCUACACAUUUGGGAUUGUUCGGAUAUAAUCGUCUAUGUUUUGGAGUGUCUCCAGCACCGGGAAUAUUUCAAAGUGAACUGGAGAAACAAUUUAAAGGGUUCGAAGGGGUUAAGAUUUUCUACGACGAUCUUUUUGUAUAUGGUACGACGGCACAAGAACACGACAAUCGAUUAAAAGCCGUUUUGAACAAAUUAAAAGAAUGCGGUUUAACGUUACGUAAAGAGAAAUGUGAAAUUGGCAAAAAACAAGUCGAAUUUCUAGGAUUUGUUGUUGGUAAAAACGGGAUCAGUAUAUCGGACAAAAAGACUAUAGCUAUUUCUAGUAUUACUGUUCCUAGUAAUCAAUCGGAAUUACGCGCUUUUUUAGGAAUGGUUAACUAUUAUUCAAAAUUCAUUCGGAACUAUUCGAGUAUUGUUGAACCUUUAUAUAAACUUUUGAGAAAGGACCACGCUUGGUCCUGGAGUAGUACACAACAGGUAGCGUUUGAUGAAGUUAAGGCUUGUCUUUGCUCGCAGCAAGUAUUGAUGCAUUAUAACCCAGAAUUGCCAAUUAAAGUCACGUGUGACGCGUCUCCAUAUGGGUUGGGGGCAGUCAUUGCCCACGUUUUAUCAAAUAAGAACUGCCGACCCAUUGCUUUUGGCGUCAAGAUCACUAACCAAGGCUGAAAGAGGUUACUCUCAAAUUGACAAGGAAGCGGCCGCAAUUGUGUUCGCAGUCAAGACAUUUCACCAAUACUUGUACGGUAAACAUUUUGUAUUAGAAACGGACCAUAAGCCUUUGAUAUACAUUUUCGGACCUAACAAGGGAAUUCCAGUUAUGGCAGCUAGUCGACUCCAAAGGUGGGCUGUAAUCUUGUUGGGAGCUUGCAAGAGUUCAGUGGAGUCUGAGUUUGAGACGAUUGAUAACCAGGAGGUCCAGUCGCCCGAAUAUACAUACUUGAAUUAUGUUUUAGAUGAAGCAAUUACUAUUAAUUAUGAGACACUAAUUCGGGAGUCUUGUGAGGAUCGAGUACUACAACUGGUCAUUCAAUAUAUUAAGAAUGGCUGGCCUAGUAAAGUUGAUGAUGAGUUUACACCGUAUAA